CACCCACUAACAUCUGAGCACACGGUAUAUAAUCCUGUCCGAGCAAAGCGGCCAAUGCCGACCCAGCAGACGAAUCUCUACGAGUGGUUGGAAAAGCUCUCGGAAGAGACCAGUAAAAAUUGCGACUUCUGCAAGUACAAUGAAAUGACUGCUGUUGAUGAAUUUGGAAGAGACGAUAAGAGUGACACGGCGCGGGUGACGAACACUUUCAAAGUGGAGGCGUGGCACAGCAUGGUGGUGACCAAGCACCUGCAUCACCCACUUAACUUCACCAAGGAACUUAUGAGCCAUUUCUUCAAGGCUGCCAUGUCCUGGAUUUACGAAGUGAGCCGUAAGGAUCCUGCCUACAUCUACCCCAACAUAGCAUGGGACACAUUGCAUCAUGCAGGGGCUUCCCAGAUCCACCCACACAUACACAUGAUGGUGGCUCCUGACCACUACUACGGGUACUUUGAACUCAUGCGCUCGGCGGCCCAGAGGUACUACCAGGAGAAGGGUGAGAACUACUUCAAUGCUGUGCUGGAGGUCCAUGCUGCUUUGGGGCUGGUGGUGGAGUAUGGAGAUGCUGUGGCUAUACCUACCAUGACAGGCAAAGCCGAUCUGGAAGUAAUGUUUCUGAGUGAUUAUCCUGGGGAGGAUUUCUACAAUCUCAUUUACCACACAAUUAAUGCUUACCAUGAUACAUUCACGCAGUUUUGCAAAAGUUUUGUGGGUGCUUGGCCUGCUCUUGGAACCACAGAGGCGGCUUCCAGGGGCAGAAUGCCUACCGUGGCAAGACUCAUUUCCAGAGGAGACUGCACCUCCCUCAGAACAGAUUUCAGCUCAUAUGAGAUCUUCCAGAUUGUGUACAGAACACAUGACCCUUGGCAAAUUGUAGCAGCAAUCAAAAAAGCUAUUAAGAAAAAUGGUGGUAAUUAAGUUAUCAAAUAGGUUAUGUUCUCAUGAUGACAGAGAUUUGUUAUUUUUGUUGGUGUCGAUAGUAUUAUUAUCAUUAAUAUAUUUUGUUUUUGUAGUAAUUGCAAUUUUUUUUUUUUUUCUGGAUAGUACAUAUGCAUUGAUAUUGUAUGUGUGUGUGUGUGCAUUAUUAUUGUUAUAAGUGAUCUGUCAAACUUUGUUUCUCAACCAUUUUUCGCUCCCCAACUAUGCACUUGCUGUGGCAGUGUUUAUUGGGUGUGAGAGAGAAAAAAUACUUUGUCAUAAUUGAUCUGGUUAACUAUUUUUUUUAUAGUAAUUUUUGUUUCUCCAGUGAUUCACUUGCUAUGGCUGUGUUUAUCAGGAGCCAUUGUACACCAUAGUAUUCUUUGCCAAGCCUUUUUGUUUGAAGAAACCUGUGAUAGGAUGGAUUAAUUUCCUUGUUUGAGCAGUAUUGUUUUCUUUAGUCAGUGUUUACCAUUCUUGUCUAUUUACAUAUUGCAAGUUUUAUCUUCAUCACAGAGUCCUAUUUUUCUGUUAAUUUCUCUCGUUAGAUUCCGUUGCCUCGUUUGACAAUCGGUGGUCUCUCUCCUUUGCAUUUGUUUCUCAAUCACAAACGCCAUCAAAUCAAAGAUGUUCAACCGUCGUCGUAAUAGGCCUUCCAUUUUCCCCCGAAUGCGCGUAAGGAUUAUUUUUCCAAGGGGCUAUUUAGAUACUAUUGAUGUUGUUUAUGAAGCCUUCUGAUAUUUUUGUGUUUCUGGAGGUGCAGAUUUAUUUCUAGUCUAGAAUCGUAAAUAUGAUCAAUUUUAGCAGCACAUGGUCCACAUUCUGGUACCAUAGGAGCUGCCAUUUGUGAGAUUUGACAGUAUAUCUGUCUGUCUAUCUCUACACACACACACACACACACACACACACACACACACACACACACACACACACACACACACACACACACACACACACACACACGCACACACGCACACACAUGCAUAUACACAUGUGUGCACAAAUAUAUAUAUAUUUGUGUAUGUAUAUAUUUGUGUAUGUGCAUAUAUCUGUAUACAUGUAUGUAUGAGAUUCAUGUCAAACAAACUGCACAUAGAACAAUGAAGGAAAGAACAAGGAAACAUUAGAAUGUGCCAAAACCCUUUUCACGGUUUUGCUUCUUCAGGGCAUGAGGAAGCAAUGAGAUGAAAACGUUUCAGUAUAUUCAUAUUUCUUGUUCUUCCCUUCGUUGUUCUAUUUGCCACAUGUAUUUAUGUAUGUAUGUAUGUAUAUAUACAUGUGUAUAUGUAAACAUGUACCUCUAUAUAUGUAGGUUUAAUUAUAUAUACAUGUAUGUAGGUAUGCAUGUAAACAUGUAUGCAGGUAUAUGUGUAUACAUUUACAUAGGUAUAUAUGUAUAAAUGUAUGUAGGUAUACAUGUAUACAUGUAUGUAGGUGUACAUUAACCCCUUGGUGCCGGGUGACACCGAUCGGCGUGUAAACAAAGAGCUCAAAAGCUGGCGUGCAGCCGAACGAGCCGGCGGCACGCCAAAGCACAGCGAGCCAGUGAUUCGGGCUCAAAGUCGGCGCGCCGCCUUUGUUUAAGCGUAAGAGUUUUUUUUUCUUUUGUACACCUGGUGCCAUUGGGUUAAUAUAUGUGUGUAGGUAUAUACAGUGAUGGGCAUUUGGUACAUCGAUACUUGAAAAUCAGUUAAAGUGAUUCUGAUAUAUUGAGUCUUCGUAAAUAGUUAAAAGCAAUACUGAUACAAAUACAUGUAUCGGUGAUAUGUCAUUCGAAAAGAAAAAAAAAUCCCACUUGAUAUGUAGAUAUUUUAUUUGGUUGCAUGGAGAUUUGCAAAAGAUUACGAGUGCAAAAAAUGUUUUUCAGACUUGUGUAUCGUGUGUGGAUAUUUUCAUGUAAUGUAGAAUAUUAUGAAAUUUCAAUAGAAAAAAAAACAAAAAAACACUGAUGACGUCUACAACACAUUAACAAUAGUCACACUUGCAACUGACAGGUGCAUUCAUAACACUCAAUGCAUAAAUUAAAGAGUAUGAAAAGCCAUUCAUUUAUGACAUUUAUGAUGUAAAUAAACUUGCUUUGUAUUGUGGAUGAUGGAAGGCUAAUUGUGAAUUUCUGCCAAAAAAAUUAACUGCUAUAUGACAGCCAGAGUUUGUCUGUUAUUCAUUCUGAAAAUGCUAAUCUAGUUGCCUUCUCUUUUAACCCAUUGCCGACGGGCAUGCCAUGCCAUGCCCACUGUGAGAUUACUUGUUGGAUUGUUUUCACACAUAGAUGGCAACACUUGUACUAAAUCACCAAUGAGCCAGUUACGAGUACCGCCUGUCUCACCUGUUCACCCUUUUCUUUGAGUCACAAAAUAUUUUAUGUUAUUUUAUUUUGUUGUUACUAAUGUUAGAAAGAUUAUUAUAAUUAUAAUGAUUAUAAUAAAAAUAGCACCAUCGAUAUUCCUGGCACUAGUGAAAAAUACGUUUUUCCCGCGAUUUCAAAUCAGGCACUAACAGAGCCAUCCAUGGGCAAACAUUUCACCCAAAAAUAUAGAAAAUAGGCACAGCAUUUUCCCCAUUUUUUUUGUUCAUUUUCCCCGGUGGCAAUGGGUUAAAUAAAAAAUGAAAAUAAAAAAACAAUUUGGACCAUGUCCUAGUUUAUUUUCUGCUGAACAUGGAACACCUAAACAACAACUAAUUAUUACAGGUAUAAUUUUGCAAUUCGUGAAUAUAAACUUUGAUUUCAAACUCGUAAUGUAAGUGUAUUACUGGACCAAUGUAUCAAUUUUUUUUUUUUCAAAA